UUCUCUACUGGCAAUGUGUUAAAGAUUAAGUAACUGAAAGACAUGAAAGACAUGAGUUACAUAUUACUAUUCAUUAAUGCUAUUGUUGUAGCACUAAUGGCCAUGUACGUUUUCGAGAAUGAAAGAAGAAUGAGGGAACUUUCCACAGACCAGGAACUGUCAACUUUAGAAAAAGAACUCAAUGUGUUAAAAUUAGAAAGGAAGAAACUUGAAAUUCGCAAGGCCAUUCAAGAAGAAAAAGAGUAUACAAGUAAAUUACAAGUCAGUAAACAAGCAGCAGACAAAACUCCUCUGGAAGGUUAUGGAAUGAGUUAUCGUUAUUUUGACGAGAUGGCACAGACAUACUGUUUAAGUCAAAUACAGGCUUCAGCAUUUGUUUUUGCUAUAAGACGAGAUUGUCCAGGAAUUGCUCCGACGUGUAACGAUAUCUGCAAAGAUGCUAAAGAUGACAUGCUAAAUGCUAUAAACCAACAACGUAAAGACGUGGCCUGUUUUAAUGCAAUCAACAUUCGUAAAGAUCAUGCAAAACUCCAACUCAAUCCUAAUCAUAACCAACCUGAUGCUGGCAAAAUAAGUAUGAUAACUUAUGGGUACGGGAUUGGAGGAUGUACGUGGACUCCCAACCAUUGUGGACCGAACUACUGUUGCUGCAAAGCUUUCAAUAAUUGAAAUAGAAAAAGAACUGCCCCGAAUGGACGGUAGUUUUUGAAACAA